AUGGUUACAGAUGAGCCUGUUCGUAAAAUCUAUCUAUAUUCUGCUCAUGACACCACAGUCUCCGCAUUUCUAAGCGCCCUUCAAGUUUUCGACGGAAUUUCACCGGAUUAGUCCAGCGCUGCCAUUCUCGAACUGUUUGAAUCGAGGGCGCAUGGCAAACUGGACGUUCGGGUGAUUUAUCGAUUCGGUCAAAGUCCGCUUCGCACCCUGACACUACCCGGCUGUCGCGAAUUCUGUCCGUUGGAGAAAUUUGCUGAGUUAACCGCUGCCGUCGUACCUGUAGAUGUACCAAGAGAGUGCGCCCUUGAGCCAAAGCAGUGUCCUUGUGAUUAAUCAAGGUAACCGAUAGCAAAAAGAACUGAGCUGGUGAUGAUGUCAGCUGGAAAGAAAACUGAUCAAAAGAUAAUUUAGUGUGGAGUAAUAAAAAAGUUAACGAAGAAAAUGUUUGAUUAGGAGACAAUGCCCAUGAAGACAUGGAGCAACUUUAUUUACUGUACAACAAGAGCCGGAUAUUCUAAUGUCGAAAACUGGUAAAUAAAUGAGCCAGCUUGGAAAUUUU